AUGUCCUCGUAUAAGAACGUUGUUCUUGUCGGAGCAAGCGGAAGUGUGGGCUCGGCUGUUUUGAAUGGUCUUCUUUCCUCUCCAACCGGCUUCAAAGUCAUAGCUCUUGUCCGCACAGAGUCCAGGUCCAAAAUCGGACAAGAAGGCCACGCCUCUCUUAGCGUCGUCCGAGGUGACUUUGGCGACGACUCAUUUCUUAAGAGCUCACUUGAAGGACAGGAUGCCCUUGUUAUUUGCUUGGAUGUGAAUCCGACAACGCUUGAGCUGCAAAGUCGGUUGGUCGAUGUUGCCGCCGCUGUUGGAGUCAAAAGAGUGAUUCCUAGUGACUUCGGAAGUGAUGUUACCAACCCCAAGAUUGUGGAAGCUUGCUUCCUUUACCAAGGGAAAGUGGACGCUGUAAAACAUAUUGAGAGCGUCGUUUCGAAGAACACUGCUACUAGCUUCACCGCUGUCAUCAACGGUCCUUUUUUCGACUGGGGAAUGGAAAGGAAUGUAUUCGGCUUCGACCCCGAAAAACGAGCUGCAACACUGUACGACAAUGGCGAAACCAAAUUCGAUUCUAUCAACAUUGGUUCUCUAGGAACCAUAGUGAGCGGGAUUCUCACGAGACCGGACGACUUCAAAAACAGAUAUGUCUACGUUUCGGAUUUUACCAUCAGCCAGAACGAUAUUUUCGAAGCAUUGCUCAAGGCAACCAAGACCACCCGCGAAGAUUGGACCAUCGCACAUCGCACAACAGACGGUCUAAAGAAAGAUGGGCUUGACAAAAUUGGUAAUGGUGAUUUCGCUGGUGCAUUAGACCUGAUUUUUGCAUCUGUUUUCAAGGCCGGGCUUGGUUCAGACUUUUCUGCUACUCACAAACUUGACAAUGAGGCAGUUGGACUGAGAAAGUCUGAUUUUGUGGAAACUACCAAAUCUGUGCUGGAGAGGAAGUGA